GAUAAGUAAAAAUGAUAAACAUGCCCACCACCUUUGCUUAUACCUCAAAGCACCCAACUACAACACUUAAUUGUCACCACCACAUGAAAAAAAACUAAUCAAAUUUCCCAUUUUGCCACUAUAUAUUAUUAAUAAUAAUAAUAAUAAAGGCUAUUUAUGCUUCUCAAACAAGUAUGAUAAAAAUUCAACUAUAUGGUUGGCCUCACAUCCUAACUGAAAUUUAAUCAUACUCUUCUUUACAUACACUACUUAUUCUUACUUAUAAGCUGAGUUUGAAUCAACAUAGCAAAUAAUUCCAAUUGCAGCAUUUGAAAAUGGAAGUUACUUCCUCUUCUAGAAUACUAAUUGGUCUCUCAUUAGACCUAAAUGAUAGCAAGGAGCUUCUAUCAUGGGCAAUAAGAGUUCUAGCUAAUCCAAAUGAUACUAUUGUUGCAGUGCAUGUUCUUGUUGGUGAGAAUAUGAAGAAACAUGUGUCAGUGAGAAGAAGACAAUCACAACUUAGGCAAGCAAAAGCAUAUGUUAUAUCUGUGCUUGGAGAAUUUGCACAGACUUGUUGGUCUAAACAGGUGAAUUUGGAGGCAAAAGUGGCACUUAAUUCCACAGUAGGUGGUGGUUUAGUGGAGGAAGCCAAGUCAAUUUCUGCUGAUUUUCUUCUCCUCCGGGGAUCAAGAAACAAAACAAAUAAAAUUGGGACCUCUAAAGGAAUUACCAAGUAUUGCUUUGAGCAUAUAGAUGAAGGUUGUACAAUGAUCUCAGUUGGUAGAUACACAAAGUCAGAACAGAAUUACAUCAAUUCAAAUUCCACACAUUUUCAAGAAAUGACUGCACAACACAGUUCACCAAGAACAGUACUGCUAGAUGGACUAGAGGGACAAUCCAACAACAGCACAGAAGAUGACACAUUUAGCACUAGAGCAUCAAGCAUGACAUAUACACCUUCUUCUGAUCCCAAGAUUAAAAGAAAAUCAAAGUUAAGAAAAUCACAAUUCUCAUUCAGGUUCAUAAUAUCAUUCCUUGGUUCACCAUUCAGAAUAAAAAGCUUUAACAUGUCCAAAAUUGAAAAACAUCAACCCUUGUUGAAGUGCUUCAGCUAUGAAAACAUAUCAAAUGCUACUGAUGACUUUCACCAAGAUAAUUUGGUUGGAAGAGGAGGGUACUCAGAAGUAUACAAAGGCGUUCUUUGUGAUGGAGAAACCAUUGCUGUGAAGAGAUUAGCCAAAGACAACAAUGAUCCAAACAAGGAAAAAGAGUUCCUUAUGGAGUUAGGUGUUAUUGGACAUGUCUGUCAUGCUAAUACUGCAACUUUGUUGGGCUAUUGCAUUGAAAAUGGGCUUUAUCUGAUUUUCAAUUACUCUCAAAAUGGAAACUUGUCAACUGCAUUGCAUGGUUAUGGUAAAGCAGAAAACUCACUUGACUGGCCAAUAAGAUACAAAAUAGCUAUUGGAGUUGCAAGGGGUCUUCAUUAUCUUCAUACAUGUUGUAAACAUCGAAUAAUUCAUCGCGACAUUAAAGCCUCCAAUGUUCUUCUUGGUCCUGAUUAUGAACCACAGAUAACUGAUUUUGGACUUGCAAAGUGGCUUCCUAACAAGUGGACUCAUCAUGCUGUAAUCCCAGUGGAGGGAACAUUUGGAUAUCUAGCACCAGAAGUCUUUAUGCAUGGUAUUGUGGAUGAGAAAACUGAUAUUUAUGCAUUUGGUGUUCUUCUUCUCGAGAUUGUAACCGGACGCAAACCUGUUGAUUCAUCAAAGCAAAAUAUUCUCCUAUGGGCAAAGCCUCUGAUGGAAUCAGGGAAUAUUGGUGAACUGGCUGAUCCAAGAAUGGAAGGUAGAUAUGAUGCAGAGCAACUGUAUAGGGUAAUCCUAACUGCUUCAUACUGUGUCAGACAAACUGCCAUUUGGCGUCCUACAAUGACCGAGGUGUUAGAGUUGCUAACUAGUGGCCAAGACUACGAAAUUGGAAAGAGUUGGAGAAUACCAAAGUUCACUUCUGAUGAAUUGGAUGAUUACUCUAUGAUUUUUGGAUAUGAUGUCCCCUCAGACAUAUCGCUAGAGGAUUAUUUGUGAGGAUGAGUUUUAGGUUAGUUUCAAAGUUUGUUUGUCAUGCUUCAAUAUUUGAAGUUUGUGAUUGGAGUGUGUAGUAGUGAAGUUGUAGAUUAAAAGUUAUAGAAAAUUGACGUUUUUUUGUCCGUA